GAUGAUGUCAUCAAAACGCGUUUGUUGGCAAGAUGGCGUCCCAAGUGAAAUAGUUUUGACGACGCCCGCAAAAGGCAACAUUUCUUUUGCUUUCUGCAGAAUUAUAUGUCUCAUUUAAGGUUUGAUACACGUCGUCACACAACAUGAAGUCUGACGUGGAGGAUUUAAUGCCGCGGCUGCUGCCGAUUGAGUGCAGCGGAGACACGCUUCUAAACCUGGAUGGUCCGCCAAGAAACCCCCAAGAGUAUCUUCGACAAGUCCAGUUAGAGGCAGCGUUAUGUCCAGAAGUGGUGGUCGCUCAGAUUGACCCCAAGAAGUUAAAGAAGCAAACUGUCAACAUACCUGUGGCCGAGUGCCACGCUGCUCCAGCUGGUUUCUCUCCCAGCCUAGAUUGGCAACAGAGGCAAGUCAGCAAUUUUUCCGAUGUUAGGCAGAGUAUCACAAAGAACAGACAACACUGGAGCAGCCACUCUCUUGAUGACAAUGUCGUGAUGCCAAAGCAAGCAGAUGAGGAGGGCUGGAAGAGGUUUUGUUUAGGAGAGCUGCUCUAUCAAGGUGCAUUAUCCUCGCACACAGAGACUGAUGCAGAAACCGGGCUGGACUACAGCAAGGUCGGCUUCCCACCCUUUCUGAGCAUUGUCAGCAGACUCAGCCAGUCCACCGUGUUGACAGUGUUGGACAUUCUGAUCAAUUGCUUUGAAGAAAGAGAUUUUGGGCCCCAGUUGGGCCACUGGUUGUAUGCAUUGUUGGCCGCUUUGGAGAAACCGUUGCUUCCUGAGGCCCAUUCUUCAAUCAGGCAGUUGGCAAGAAGAUGCGCUCAACUACGUAGUCAGCUGGCGAGUCAGGACGAUGACAACUUGCCUGCCCUCAAUCUUCUCAUCUGUCUGGUUGCAAGAUACUUUGAGCAGAAUGACCUAGCAGACCAGCCGGAGUAAAGUUUUGGUUUGUUUGGGACCUUACGGAUGACAAAUGGAUCCCAGGACGACCAGAAGGCUGCAGUCAAGUUACACUGCGGAUGGGCAUUCUGUUGAUGAAGUCAUGCAUUUUGGUUAUUUUUAUAGGAGCAGUGAAGUGUGCUAUCAGAAUGUUGUCCAUACAAUGCAAAAUGAAGCUCGUAAACUGUGGUGACAAGCA